AUGUGUCCUGCGUUAUCGAAGGUUGAUAGCGAUGUUGUCCUCACUAAUGGUAAAUACGCUGAUAUGGAGCAGUACUUAUCCAGGUGGGAUAUGGACAGCGUGUCUUCGGUCGUACAGGAACAAAUGAGUGAAGAUUCAGUUGGCCAGAUUUCAUUCAUAACUACUAAAGAAGAAAUAAUUGGUACGACUGAAGUGAGGGCAGAACAAGCUAUUGAUAAAUCGGAUUCGGAUACAAAAAUUCAGUCAGAUCUUGAUUUCCAUACCAAAAUACAGGCCUCUGAAAAAAAUAUCGAUGAAGUGGUACCAAAUAACGGUAAGUCUACCAAACUUCGAAUGGCUGAUUUAUUUGCGGAUGUAAACCCAAUUUAUGGAGCGCAACAUGAGAGAGCAGUCAAUGCAAAAGAAGACUUAAGUCCAGAUAAUGUCCAACAAGUAAUGGACGAAUGUGUUAGUGAUGGUACAGUGUCAAUUAAGCACUCUUCGUCGUCCAGCUGCCAUCCAUUCACUAAUACAGGCAGUGAAGAAAAUAUUGAAUCAUUCAGUAAUUCUGUCACUGUCAGAAAAUCAAAAGAUGGAAAUAAUGCAGAAAUUAAAGAAGAGGAAGAAUCGAAAGAAAUGGAAUGUAGUGAUGAUAAACUAUCAAGUGACUAUGAGAAGCCGUCAGGAAAAUUGGAAGGAACACAAGCUAUCUCUGUCGUUUUGAGUACACAUGAUAUAUCUCAAAAUUCAGAGUUUAAAUAUCUAACCGAAAGCGAACGUCAGCUUGGAAAGAAGCAACCAGUAUGGAUAGCUGAUAAAGAAACGUUAUCAUGUAUGAUAUGCUGUGUUAAAUUUACUGUAUUUAUUAGACGUCAUCAUUGCAGAUGCUGCGGUCGUGUACUUUGUGCUAACUGUACUUCUCAAAAGGCUACGCUUUUAUAUACGAAUAACCCAAAAAAGGAACAUCGAGUUUGUGAUCCAUGUUUCGAAACAUUGAGACGUAUUGAAGAAUAUGAGAGAAAAACUAGUACAAGUGAAACAGCGAUUGUGAAUGACUCUUUAAAUUCUUCGGAUGUUCAUCAGGAGACAUCACGAAUAACGAAACCAGUUUUAAAGUUAAAAACAAGAUCCGAAAAUGCAGUCAUGUCUAAUGAUAAUCAGAACGCGUCAAUGGGAAUCGGAGGACAUGGUAAUGCUUCAGUGAAACGUACUGUUACUUUUCUUGAUGGUCUUCAUCCUGGUGAUAUCAGUAAUGAUGAAACUCAGACAUUAACCGCUGAUUUGAGUCCCGCGAAACCGAAAAAGCAUGGUUCGAGGAAGCAACAUGUGUCACGCCGUCUGCAACAACUGCAAAUUGCUGAAGAAUCUGCAUGCUUUCUUCCUCAAAUUUCGUGUAAAAUCAAUGAUAAGCCAGUAACUGAUGAUGUUCAACAGAGAGUUGAGGGUCGUUUAUAUUUGCGAAGUACUGAAGGCAAAAUUAUCGAGUGUAGUGAUAUUAAAGAGCAGAUUGCGCUCUUGAGGAAUUUUAACCCGCUUGAAGUGUUGAUUUUUCGAAAUUUGUGGUGUAUUAUCAAAUUAUGCAAAUGUGAAUUUUUUACUGUUUGGAUUUUUAAAUUUUUUUUGUUUUUUGUGAUGUCUGAAAUCAAUUUUCUUUUUGCAUUAUUAACUGAUGAUAUAAUUACCACAGAUCAAAAUAAGACUGUGAUGUGUAUUGUGUCGAGAGGGAUGACGUUUGUUGGACUCGAUGAAAUUUUCCUCGCUUAUUAUUGUGAUGAAGAUUUGAAGGAAUUGCCAAUCUAUCAUUUGUGGAGGAUUUACGAGAUUUACGAAAAUGCCUUAAGUCCUCAAAACGAAUCCUCUGACGAAGAAUUAGGAAUACGACCGGCUCAUUUUCGUGUUCCUGCGCUCAACCAUACAAUUCUUUUUUCAAAUAUGAAGGAACCGAUAUCGCGUGACAUACUUCUUUUCAGACCAUCGACUCAGGUAUUUGAUAACUUGUUGAUUCCUUCUUCUCCAUUUUUGGUAGCAGUAUUCAUUCAUCAAUCUGAAACGAUUUGGGCCAAUGUCAUACCACAGCGACUUUUGAUUAGGAUUGGUCUUCAACUUAAAUUUUAUCCCACGCCAGUCAUAAACGAUUUUAAUCGGAAGCCGGUAUACAACUCAUCUUUUGAUACAAGUGUCCUUAAAAUGUUUAAUGAUUUCCGAAAUUGGCGUUUUCAAAUGCCAUUUAUACCGAGUAGUACGUUAAUAAUUCAGAAUGAUUGCGAAUGUAUCUUAAGUAUUCCGAAUUGGGCUUUAGAUAAGAUUGCUAUGUUGAUUAACAAAAAUAGAAAUAUGAUUGCAUGGGCCCUUGAUUUUAAUGCAGAUGCGGAUAGUUAUCUUGUAUGCAAACAAUCUGAUUCGGGCUCUUUUGAAUCGCAAGUUUUCACACAUGGAAUUGUAAGUCGAAAAGUGAUUGGUGCUUCGUUUGUCAUCAUCGAUGGGGCUUUGAAAGCAGGAGGAGAACCUUUUAUUGUAAAUGUUUUAGAAGAUGGAGUGGCAAUGCGUUUUAGAUCUGAUGUAAUGGAAUCGUUAAUCGAAACACUUUUAGUCGAAAAAGGUUUUGAACUGAAAUCCACCACAAUGAAAAUUUCGAUUAAAUGGAGUAGUUGCUAUAUUCAACGGCAUGACUGUGAUUUAGUGUCUCCAAUAGAUGGUUUCUCGCUUAUUGGUUGUUAUGAAUAUGGUUUGAAAAAAUCGCGUGUUCUUGGGUCAUUCUAUCCAAUACCGAAUCAAGUGGGUUGGUCUCUCAGACUGGUUAGUGUGUAUAAUAUAGAUAAAGGUCGGUUUGCACAACGCGUGCAGUCAAAAGUAUUCAGUGUCAGUGAGCAAGUUACUGCACGAAUUGCGGUAACAUUGGUACCCUUCGUCGAUGACCUUAUAAAGCAUGACCUAAGGUAUACGUUUCGUUCUUGUGACAAAAUUUAUUUAAAGAGGCAAAACAGUGCUUUCAUCAUGUUUAUUCAUUUGAAAAUUUGUCUCUCUGAAUUCAGCUCGUAUUCAAAUAGAUUACAUUUUGUUGAUUUUUGA